AUGGCGCGGAGCUCGGCGCGCAAAAAAGCGCGGGUGGACUUUGAUCGAGCCAUUGUUUUUGUGCUUAAGCAGCCUUUUGGCCCAUUGCUUCCACGCCGCCCACGUAAUGGCCGAACCGUUUGUUUUGCGAAGAAGGAGGCGCGCUUUGCUAGCGGACGACACAAAGGGCAAGCAGAAUGCCAGACCAAGCCUGGCACCAAGGACGCCUCACCGGACGCGGAGGGAUCAGCCCCGUCAACUGCCACCCCGACCAGCACAGCGGGGAGCGAGCUCGACUCGUCGGCCGCCUCCACGUCUGGUGGUGUCGCUCCAACAACCUCUGAAUCCGCCGGCGCGGCAGGUUCAGCCGGCACGGAUCCAGCCGCCCAGCCGGGUGCUGCACCUGCGACUGCCCCUGGGCCAGUCGGGGAGGACGAGGAAGACCCCCUGACCGCAACCUGGCGCGUCGUCUCCACCAAGAUCAGCCGGGGCCUUCGCAUGGUCGUCGAAAAGGACGAGAACCUCAUGUUCAAGCUCUUCCUCAGCAAGAAGCCCGGCGAGAGGCCCAAGCCGGGCCGCGUCGCGCGCUUCACCCUGGAGCCGGACUCCAGCUUCUCCCUCACACUGGAGGGCCAGACCCCCGGGCCGGGCACCUACGUUAUGCAGGUGAGGGAGACGUGGGAGUCUCCCAACAUCUACGAGACCAUGCCCGCCACCAAGUGGGCGAUAUGUUUUACAGCGUGGCUCUUGCCGAGGGCAAAAGCCCCGAGUUCAAGUCUGUGAGUUUGGAGGUUGCGCGGAAGCUGCAGGGUGUGGGCAAGUAAGAUGUGAGAGGCAUUCAGGAGACGAUCAGAUGAUCUAGUUUAGCCCAAAAAUAUCAGCUUUCCAAAAGGAAGAAAAGCAUGGAAAAAAAAGAGCAAAACAUACAACACCGAGGAUU